GUAAAUUCUGUUUCUAAGAAGAAAGAUGGGGGCUUUCCUGGAUAUCUUCGAAAGUUCCAGUUGAAAGUCAGGAAUGCGAGGGGGAAAAUCCGAUCUUGUGCUUCAUCUACCGGAGAAACUCUCCCCUAAAUCUCUCUUAAAACUCCUAAAAUGCGAGAAGAACCCAAGCUCGGCACUCUCCCUGUUUGAUAUUGCGAGUCAGCAUCCCAGGUAUGCUCACGAUGAGGCCGUCUUUCAGUACAUCCUCCGUCGCCUCUCUACCGACCGAAGAUUUGUCCCACACCUUUCUCGGAUCACUGAGAUGAUUCGGGCUCAGAAAUGCCCAUAUUCCGAGGAUUUAGCUCUCGCUGCUAUCAAAGCAUACUCCAAAAACUUCAUGGUUGAUAAAGCGAUAGAGGUUUUUCAAAAUAUGAAGGAGUAUUUUGGCUGUCUACCCGGGGUCAGGUCUUACAACAGCAUGCUCAAUGCUUUCUUGGUUUCAAACCAACUGGAUAAAGCAACAUUGUUUUUCAAACACUUUGAGGCAAUGCCCGUUUCUCCCAACACUGAAACUUACAAUAUCUUGAUUACGAUUGCGUGUAAAAGGCGGAAACUUCGCCAGGCGAAAGAGCUUCUGAAUUUGAUGUGGGAUAGGAAUUUGAACCCAGAUGUGUAUAGUUAUGGAACAUUGAUCAAUGGACUUGCCAAGAAUGGCGAUCUGAAUGAGGCAUCAGAAGUGCUUGAAGAAAUGUUUGACAGAGGAGUGAUACCAGAUGUGAUGUGUUACAAUAUUUUAAUGGAUGGGCAUUUUAAAAAGAGCGACUCCAUAGCUGCUAAGCAGAUAUGGGACAGGUUAAUACAUAGUGAGUUAGCUUAUCCAAAUGCAGUUAGUUAUAAUGUGAUGAUCAGCGGCCUAUCUAGAUGUGGGAAAUUCAGCGAGGCAUUGGAAAUAUGGAACCGAAUGAAGAUAAAUGAGGUAAAAAUGGAUGUCUACACAUACAGCUCAUUAAUUCACGGGUUGUGUGAGUCAGGGGAUAUCAAUGGGGCUGAGAGACUCUAUAAGGAGAUGACUGAGAGUGGGGUAUUACCAGAUGUUGUCAUUUAUAAUGCAUUACUUGAUGGGUACUUCAAGUUUAAGAAUAUUAACUCUUGUUUUGAUCUAUGGGAGUUAAUGGGGAAUGAAGACUGUCGAAAUGUUUGUAGUUUUAAUAUAUUUAUGAGAGGUUUGUUUGAGAAGGGAAUGGUGGAGGAAGCCAUUUCUGUUUUAGGCCUCUUACAUGAAAAUGGCUAUGCUGCUGACCAAAUGACAUAUGGGAUUUUGGUUCACGGGGUUUGCAAAAAUUCAAAUGUAAACAUGGCUCUAAAGGUGCUAAAGAAAACAGAAGAGGGUAAAGGAGAGCCAGAUUCUUAUAUUUAUUCGUCUAUCAUUAAAGGGUUGUGCAGUGAAGGAAGAUUAUGUGAAGCAGCUAGCAUAAUUGAUCAGAUGGGAAAGAGUGGGCGGAAAGUAAACCCAUCUAUUACAAAUGCACUACUUAGUGUUUUAAUCCAAGGUAAUAAGAUUGGUGACGCAUUAAUUUUUUUUGAUGAGCUAGGAAAUGGUAAAAAUUUCUUAAUAAAUGUAGUAACCUACAACAUCCUUGUUGAUGGUUUAUGCAAAGCUGAAAGAUUUGAUGAAGCCUAUGACACUGUCAAGGAUAUGCUUCAAAAAGGGUGGAAGCCAGACGUCAUCACAUAUAGCUUAUUAAUCAACGGUCUAUGCAAAUCUGGAAAGUUAGACAUGGGAAUGAACUUGUGGGGCCUUGUUCUGAAAACAGAGGGUAUUAAGCCCGAUACAACUAUGGGUAAUAUUAUGAUUCAUGGGCUUUGUUCUGCUGGAAAACUUGAACAAGCAAUGCAUAUGUAUCUGAAGAUGCAACAGUCGGGUUGUGUACCCAAUCUAGUCACACUCAACACUCUCAUGGAGGGAUUUUACAAAGUUAGGGACAGGCGAAAUGCCAUCGUGAUUUGGGCCCGAAUUUUCAGAGGCGGGUUUUUGCCCGAUAUUAUUUCUUACAAUAUUGCUCUUAAAGGGCUUUCUUUUUGCAAUCGUAUAUCCGAUGCCGGAUUGUUCUUGAAUGAUGCUCUGAGUAGGAAGGUGUACCCCACUGUGAUUACAUGGAACAUACUUGUCAGAGCUGUCAUUUAUAAUUGAAUUCAGUGUGAUAAUGUUGGUUUGUCUUCAAGGCCAAAAUGAUUUGGGAAAUCAAACCAACCAAAAUGAAUCCAAGAAUUGUGGGCUUUUGCCAGUAGGAGAGUGAAGAGUUAAUGGCAUCAAUAAUUCCAACUCCUACCACGCCAACGAGAACCAGAUAUUAGAAGCACACUUUUAAAGGAUAUGGAAACGAUAAACGUGGGAACGAGUGAUAUCUGAGAAGAGAGGGACACGGACCCUUGCACUGGCUUGAUCGAGCACUUUCAGUGCAUUUUCUCCAAUCUGAUCAAUCCCAGCAUUAGCUUCCUCAGCAAAUUGGGUAAGGUAGGCUGCUCUCUCGUCCAAGAACUCAGUGAGGCGGACUUUCUGGGUCUGAAGCAUUACAAUUCUGGCAUGCAGUUCCUGCUGACGACUAUCUCCUUCAGGAACUGAAUCGGUGGACUUCUUGCAGAAGGAGAGGAUGUGGGGGUGCCUCUUCCUCUUGAGUCCGGGAAGAAGAACAGGUCGGCGGGUGAGAGUCAAGGAGGAAGAGUGUAUUGGUAUUGCUUCAAGGUGAAUCAUUUUGUCCCCCCUUCUGUAAUUUGUUUUUAUUGAUUUGAUCGAUCGAUUUAGGGUUGCCGGAAAGGAAAGAUGGAGAAGAAGAAAGGGUAAUAGUUACUGUUUAUUGAGUAUCAAUCUAUGUUUAUUGAGCAUCAAGACUAUUCUAUCGAGUAUUAGAAGUCUAUCAUGG